AGGCAGAAACUCAAUGAACCCACCUCCAAUCACCGUAAAUUUGAUGAAGAAGAAAGCGUCACCGUUCAAAAUAGACCCCCAACUCCCGUGCGAGCCCUCAUGAAGAUGUCUCAAAACACUCCGGACAAAGAGGACCAAUCGUCGACUAACAAAAAAACCAUCUCCCUCCCGAUAUCCAGAGUGAGGUUGAUCAUGAAGAGCUCCCCCGAUGUCUCCAGCAUCAACCAGGACGCACUUUUCCUCACCACAAAGGCGACAGAGCUGUUUGUCCAGCACCUGGCCGUGGCUUCAUUCAACAACGGCCCCGGAAAAGCGACCAACUCUCUCUCGUACACCGACCUGGCUAACACCGCAGAGGAGAUGGAGACCUUCCACUUUCUUACAGAUAUCCUACCUAAGAAGAUCUUGGCUCGCGAUUAUCUUCAAUCUUUGGAGCAAAUGCAAGACGGAAACGACGACGACCCAGACUUCUAAAACAGACAUCGCCUGCAUUUUAUGUCCGGACAGAUGUUCUCAAAUGUACAUGUCGUGUCAUUCAUUGAGCGCUCUGGCAGAAGAGACAGCCUCAAACUUUCUCAAUGCCUUUGAAUACACUUAGAGAGUUCACCUGUCAGGAUAAUGGAAGACAGCAGUGGACAUUGAACGGAAAGUAAAGCAACAUUUGGGGAAAAAAUGUGAAAUCAAGUGAAGACUCAAAGAGAUGACCUUCAAAGAAUGAACACCCAGAGUCUUAAAGAAACAUGGUAGUUAUACGGUAUGUCUGAGAUAAAUUCCUGAUGCCAGAAAUCUUAAUUUGUAACAAUGGGCAGAACAAAUCAACCUUUGUGUGAAUCACAUCUCAAGAUUCUAAUGUUUUAGGAUUUGGAUCUUUGAAGGUUUCUGGUGUAAUGCUGUCUUAUUAAUGUUGUGCUUGAAAGGUGUUUGCUCUCUAAGCUAACUAAUUCAAUGUAACAGACCAAAAAAUAAUAUACCUCACAGUUGGUGCAUAGAUGUUUCAGCUUCUGAGAGGAUACCUUUAUAAUUUGAUUUGGUCAACACUUUAUUUUACAGGUGUUGAAGUGAAAUAUGUCAUUGUUCCUGAUUCUAGUUAAGUUCUACAUUGUGGCUUUAAAAGAGUCACGUUUUGGUUACAGGUAGUUCAUCAUUACUUGAAAGUUGUUUAAUUAAAAGUACAAAUGCCUCUUUUCUUCCCACCUUAAGUACAUGAACAUUCAACAUCUUUGCAAACUUAAUGUACAAUCGUCCCAAUAGAUGUAAAUAUUUAAAUUGUAUAUAACAGCAGACUACCGUAUCAUCAUAGUCAUCCCAAUGCAUUUACAAAUUAUUGUUUAGAUUUGAUACUAAAAUAAAAGCUUGUGCUGUCUGAUA